AUGACUUGUCCAACAACUCAGCGCACAUUUAUGAAGGACGUGCAGCAGCUGUACAGGACAAUCGACGCCUCCACUAACGGCCAGGCAUCCAUCAUCGCGGCCGAUGAGAUGACGGUCAAGGUUUCUCUGCGCCCCACAUCCGGCUACAACGCGCAUGCAGAAUUCCUGUUAACUAUGACUUGUCCAACAACUCAGCGCACAUUUAUGAAGGACGUGCAGCAGCUGUACAGGACAAUCGACGCCUCCACUAACGGCCAGGCAUCCAUCAUCGCGGCCGAUGAGAUGACGGUCAAGGUUUCUCUGCGCCCCACAUCCGGCUACAACGCGCAUGCAGAAUUCCUGUUAACUAUCAAGUGUUGUUCCACAUAUCCCAAGGAUAGCCCUGACAUUUCCUUCGACACACCCAUAUUUCAUCCCAACAUUGACCCAUCAUCUGGUCCCAUAUGUUUAAGCCUUCUCUACGACUGGCGAAGCUGCUACAAUCUGCUAGAUUUGGUGAAGGCGGUGCUCUACCUCAUCGACCACCCCGCCUUUGACUCGCCAAACAAUGACUUUGGCAUAGUCAAUGAUCCUGCACAGCUGCCCACGAUGACAGCGCGUGUGCUUGCCGGUCUGCCGGUCAAGGGACGCUGCUUCCCACCAAACACCGCGUGGGUCAAAUGGGCCUGCGACAAUGGUUGUCUGCCCACUGGAGAGGAGGAGUUGGAGGAGGCUGGGGCCGCGGUUAGGACAGGAGAUGAAGUAGAUCAGAAAGGUGGUGAAGAAAUUGAUGCUCCCUUUAAUGCUGCAGCCCCAGAAAAUAAGGAGCCCUUCAGUGAGACAAUUUAUGCACCCUCCGAUGGCACAUCUGACACUGUGCCAUCGUUCGCAAAAAUGCGCUAUUUGCUUGAUCUUGAAGAGAAAAUUACUUCUUGGGGCCCUUAUGAUAGGCGCUGUACACCGUUUGAAGUUGAAUCACAACGGGUUCUUAUUUGGCAUCCUAGCAAUGGCCGAAACAGAGAUAAUUACACUGUUUUCUACUUUUUUGAAUUUUUGGGAACCGAUCAUCAUCGCAAUGAAUUGGGGGAACAUUACAACACUCUCUUUAUUGGCAGUGUCUUACGUGAAUAUCAGUCUCACCCAGAAUUGAGGCAAACAUCCAGCAGCUGUCCCUGGUAUGCAUAUACCGAGUACUCUGGAAGUUCUUGCCAAUCCUACCUUAGCUACAUUUCUUCUCUGAACCUUAGCAAUAUGUUUGAAGUCAAAGAAGCGGUUAGACACACAUUAACUGAAGACUUUUGCCCGUGGUCAGCACUGGAUGGCAGAGGAAUAAAUGCUCUGUUCAGUAGUUUGUACUUUGAGGACAACCGACUUAGAGGAAACGUCCCAUGCUUUUUGGAUGAAGGCAGUGGCGAUGGCAGUGGAAGUCAAGGUAUCGGACGUCUUUUCGACUCCUGCUAUUCGGAUCACGGAGACGUUUUUGCGGUACCCACUGAAUUAUCUGACACCAUGUUAUUUGAGUCGGAUGCUCAAAGUAGAAUGUCUGAUCUUGUGGUCAACUUGAUUUCGGAAAGUGAAGUGUCAGGCAUGGAAGAGCACGAUAAUAGUGCCAAUGAGUCCGAUAAGGAGUGCAAAGAACCGUCUUCAUCUGUCUCAUUUUCAAAUUGCAAGGAUAGUCAUAUGUCUUAUCCACUUAUAACAGACUGUACGGACUGUCAAUCCGAUUACAACCGCAUAAGGAAAUCUAUUAAUGUUGGUCUAGCUCCGGUGUGGAAGUGGUUUUCCCGCAGUACGCGAUGGUCCAUUCGGUUCGCUCCACAGCAGAUUGUAGACCUUUCAACGGCUGGUAUCCAAAUUCCACCAUGGCGAGCCAGUUUGGGUCGAAUGAUGUCGGAUAUUUGUCACUUUUGCGCCAAGAAUCAUGGCAUGAAGAAUCUCGUUCUCCUCGACCCCAUGGCACUCUCGCCACUUUCGCCUCUGCUCAAUCUGAUGCGGUACCGUGAGUUACCCAGUCCUCGGCUCACUGGUGUUCUCUGGAUGACGCCGCUCAACGCUCUCUCGCCCUUUUACCGCGUGCCCAUUCCCAUCGAGGAAGAGCUGCAGGAGAGUGAGCUCGAUGGAUGUGAAGGAAGAGACGGUGCCUACCCCACACCUACCUGUCUACGAUUCCUCGCGGUUGUGGCUCUAGUAACAAAUUGGGUGGCAUGGUUGUCACGAGUGGAGAGCUACGCGGCCCUCGGUAUGUCGCGAUUUCAUCCGGCACUCAUCAGUGCCCCCGUGGCCGCGUGCUUGCUGCAGCCUUUCAGCCUAGGCUGCGGUCAAACUCCUCUCAUGGACCUCUGGCCAUUGUGGUCGCUUCGCCGCCUUCUCACUCUCUCCCUCAGACUGUCCCAACUCCGACUCGCCCUCGGCCACGGCAGUCACCACCAUCUGCGAUAUCUGUUCCCAUUCUCCGACCUCGACGAGAUCUAA